AGUACUUUUUUCUUUUUGCGUAGAGAAAGAACAUUUCUGCUCACAUAUUAGUGAAUGAGGCCCAAUGGACUCGUUUAAGUGUCAAACACAACCAUCUAACUACUGCAGUUGUGUCUGGUUGUUGAGCUAUGACAUGUAAAGUGAUGCUUGCAGAGUUUAAAGUAGACUUCCUGAUCCGAUGCUUUAACAGUGACACCAUCAGACUCUUUGUUAUUGUGUCAACAGGCUUGAAGCUGAUUAGGAUUAAUCCACAGUCUAUGUGCAAGACUCCAGAUUAAACCUGAAACACUUUUCUCCUUCUGAAAAGAGCAAAUCAACCACAUCUGUCAGUCCACCUGGAGACUUGAGUCCAAAACAAAAACCUACAGUAGUAGAAGAUUGUUCAAGGUUGGUCAGUUGCACUGUUUUCAUAGUAGAGGAGGAAGUUUUAGUCCUGUUUUGAAUGAAUUAGUAUUUUCCACCUGCUUGUAUUCCUCUUCCUGAAAACACAAGACUGUACAAUGGAGCCAGUGUUGCAUCUUUUGACAACUUGACAUGACGUGUUUAAAUGUGAGCUUCAUCCAACAGAGACAAACAGCUGAAAUCAAAUAUCAGUUUCAUCCAACAGAGCAAAGAUGCAGUGGAGUCUGCUCAUUGUGAUGGGUCAGUGUUACUUCAUCACAUGUCAACUCUACCAGUACCACUAUAUUGAAGAUACAAAGACCUGGACAGAAGCUCAGGAGUACUGCAGAGAACAUUACACUGAUCUGGCCACAGUGUCUAACAUGACAGACAUGAAGAGACUCCUUGAAGAAUCUACAGGGAGAGAAACUGAAGCCUGGAUUGGACUGAACAACAGAACAGAUGUCAACAGGACAUGGCACUGGUCUCUACCUGGAGUGGAGUUUAAAGAUGAUGUAACAAGAUGGGCUAAUGGUGAACCAAAUGAUUUAGGUGGUCUGGAGAACUGUGGAUUUAUAAUAAAUAAUGCACUGCUGAGAGAUGUGUCUUGUAAAUACAAACUUCUUUUCAUCUGCUAUGAUGAAAGUGGAUCCACAAAGAUCCAUUUGAUUAAUGAAACGAAGAACUGGAUUGAUGCUCAGAAAUACUGCAGAGAUCAUCACACAGACCUGGUCAGUGGAUUCAACCAGUUACAUCAAGUAGAUAAAGGAGGACUCAGUGUUAACACAUACUAUUGGGUCGGCCUGUUCAGAGACACCUGGAGGUGGUCAGAUGGGAACAGUUCCUCUUUCAGACACUGGGAUCAGACUCUGUCACCAGGAGACAAAUGUGCAGUGACCAUGUUGAAUGAAGGAGGAAGAUGGAAGAACGCCAACUGUACUGACCAAAAACCUUUCUUCUGUUAUGAUGGACAAUAUCGCUCAGAGCCUCCUGUGAACCGGGUCCUUGACUUCGGCGGCUACCGACGUCACGGUGUUGUCCCUCAGCACCUCAACCACACUGACCUAGAGCGCCAUUCUUCUAUACCAAUGAUGCUGCAGACAUCACUGUGGUCUUAA